AUGCUGAACAAAGCGCUUCGCGUUCAGAACAUCGACAUUCUCUUCACAUUUCGAUUUCUAAUCACCGAUAUUCACAACCAGCUCGUAAAAGAAUCGUCCGACACAAAUCUUCGUCGAUUAUACCGCGGUCAAGUGAUAUCAAAAGAAGAACUUGCUCGCCUGCGUUCAAGUAUUGGUGAAUUCAUCUCAAUAAACUCCUUUCUAUCCACAAGUCGUAAUCAAAAGAAGGCACUUCAAUUUACUCAAAGUGUUCAGCGGGUAGAUCUUGAAUGUGUUCUCUUCACAAUUAAAGUCGACAGUCGAAUAAAAGCAAAACCAUUUGCCGAUAUUUCCCGAUUGAGUUAUUUCUCUGAUGAGGAAGAAACCUUGCUUAUGCUCGGUUCGAUCUUUCGACUUGAAAGUGUUCACUACGACAAAGAACAGCAGAUCUGGAUGGCUGAUUUAGAUUUAUGCAACGAAGAUGACCAUGAUUUGAAACAAGUGUUUGGGUAUAUGAAGAAAGAACUGCGGAGUAAAACUACUCUCAAUUCACUUGGAAAUUUGUUCUGUCAGAUGGGUGAAUUGGACAAGGCCGAAAAGUAUUAUAAACGAUUGUUAAGUGAGCUAGCAGUGGGUGAUUCUGAUAUUGCUUCGUGUUACAUAGGACUGGGUAAUGUUGCUAGACGGAAAGGUGAAUAUGAUUUAGCUUUGAUGAAUUAUGAAAAAGCAUUGAAAAUCAAAUUAAAAGCUCUUCCACCCGAUCAUCCUGAUAUCGCCUCAUCAUACAACAAUAUGGGUAUUGUACACUUGCACAAAGGUGAAUAUGAUUUAGCUUUGAUGAAUUAUGAAAAAGCAUUGAAAAUCUUCUUAAAAGCUCUUCCACCCUAUCACCCUGAUAUCGCCUUAACAUAUAACAAUAUGGGUAUUGUACACUUGCACAAAGGUGAAUAUGAUUUAGCUUUGAUGAAUUAUGAAAAAGCAUUGAAAAUCCAAUUAAAAGCUCUUCCACCCGAUCACCCUGAUAUCGUCUCAACAUAUCUUAAUAUGGGCCUGGCACAUGAAGGGGCUCGUACUUGA